UGGAAAUUCCACACGAGUUAAUCGGGAUAGUAGAUUUCUCUUUUUUCGACGCUUUUCUCUACCGUCGUCGUUUGUUUCCUGCCAAGGGAGGGCGAUCAUCGAGGGUCAGGAUCCAGCCACUCGACCCGCCCGAAAAGGGGUAGACAGAGAAAGGAGAGCAGUAGCCGAGGAGGAGCGGGGAAGGGUAAGCAUAGAACAGAAGGAUGUCUGCUCGGUCGCAGGUCACGAUCACACUGGGACAAAGCGGUCAGGUUGUGAAGAGAGUAAGACCUAUAUCUGAUGAUGACUUGCAUGCCUUAGGUGGCAAGCGAUCAGUGAGAGAAAGGUUGGAGAGCAAUAUGAACAAUUCCAAUUCACGUGGCGGUCAUUAUGAAAACAAACGUCAAAGGACAGAAGGUCACACUGAAAGAUUCAUUGAUAAGAAGCCAAGGGGCGAGCAAAUAGAAUCUUGUGCUUAUUUAAAUGUUGGUAAAGAUGAUUUGAGGUGGAAGCUUGUAAAGAAAAAUUUAUCUCGGAGAAGGCAUCUUGUUACUGAAGGACGUGAUAUUGACCUGCGUGAAAGGCUAUCUCGUAGUAUACAUACUUCGAGCAGAUCUGAUGCUAGAGAACAGCCAAAAGAAUCAAGUGCCUCUAGCCUUGGUAGAAGAAUACCUAAUGCAAGAAGUGCAGAUAAAUUGCUUGAAUUGGAUUCACAUAGAAAGUCUUAUUCAAUAGCUUUGGAUAAGCCAAGGAAUAACUCUCCAGAUAGGUUCAUCAAUGUUCCAAGACAUAUGUUUCAUUCAAGAAGAUAUGGAGAACUACAACAUGCAUCUGGGAUGAGAUCUCUAGAUGCAUCUAGGCCUAGUUAUCUGACAAAUUCUCUAGUUGGCGACACUUCUAGAUCUCUUACUUAUAUCAGCAAAACUACCCCUGUAGAUAAAGCAAGGCCAGUAGUUGAAACUCCUGCACCAGGAGCUAUUGUGCAUAGAAGUAAACUUGGGCCCGGGGAACCUCUGACAGUUGGUGACAUGCUAAAAUCACUGGGUCUGGGAAAAUAUUUUAUACUUUUUCAGGCAGAAGAGGUGGAUAUGACAGCAUUGAGGCAGAUGAGAGACAAUGACCUCAAAGAAUUGGGAAUUCCUAUGGGUCCUCGGAAGAAAAUCUUACUUGCAGUUUUAUCUCAUACAAGACAACAACAGCAACAGCAUCGAUGACAUGAUGAUAUUGGAGUCACUAGAUGCUGUGUUGUUCUUUAUGACAGUUGAGCACAUUAAGCUGUGGGACUCUGAACUGUGCUUAUUUUUCCAAUUCUCUCGGAAAUUUGUUCUUUGCAUAUGAGAUUACUCAUCCAUCUCUAACUGAAAUUCAGAGCUUAUUCAAAUUAGUAGUGUUCAAUAUCUAUAAUUUAGAAGGUAAAGAAAGUUUGGUACAUUCUUUUCAA